AUGAACGGCCUGGCUAUCAGUCCCUUCAUAGCAACCUUGCCCAAGGUCGAACUCCAUGUACAUAUUGAAGGAACACUCACGCCAGCUCUCCGGUGGGAGCUCGCCCACCGCAACAAUAUCACUCUCCCAUACGCAACAUUUGAAGACCUCAAAGCUUCCUAUGCAGUGACAUUGAAUCACCGACCGGAGCUCAAUGGCCGUCAGCCCGGCAUCCCGACCUUUCUCGAAGCGUAUUUCGCAGGCUGUGAGGUCCUUCGCACAGAGGAGGAUUUUUACGAUCUAGCAAUGGCAUAUCUGCGUCGCUGUGCAGGGAUGAAUGUGCGCUAUGCUGAACCCUUUUUCGAUAUUCAAGCGCAUACCCGUCGAGGCGUGGCUGCGACCGCAGUCUUAGGUGGUUAUCUACGCGCACAACACGAUGCAGCGAGUCAGUUCGGUGUGCGCUCGCAGUGGAUCUUAUGCUUCCUUCGGGAUGAGCCCGUCGAAAAAGGGUUGGAGGCGUACGUUGAGGCGAGACCUUGGGCCGCUGGUACAGUUGAGGGCGGCAAGGGGCUUUUCCAUGCCGUUGGGCUCGCCAGCAAUGCAUACGAAAGACCGCCGAUGCUGUUCGAAGAGGGAUAUGCCCUUGCAAAAGCGGAUGGUCUGCACGUCACAAUGCAUUGUGAUUUUGGACAAAAGGACACGCAUGAGCAUAUGCAUGAAGCCAUUUUCCAGGUUUGCGAUGGCCAAGGGUCUGAGCGCAUUGACCAUGGGCUUGACGCCGAGGAUAGAGAGGAGUUGUGGCAAGGUCUGGUUGAUCGAAAAAUUGGAUUGACCUUGUGCCCCCAUGCGUAUCACCGGAGAACAGCGACGGAUGUUCUCUUUCCCAAAAUUCGAAGAUUGCGCGACAAAGGAGUGAAGAUUUGCAUCAAUAGUGACGAUCCGACUCUGAUGCAUGAUGUCUGGAUUGAUGGGAAUAUGCAGAAAAUCUAUACAUACUGCGGGUUUAGUAAAGCUGAAAUGGUGCAUUUGGCGAGGAAUGCGGUGGACAUGUGCUGGGCCGAGGAUGAUGUGAAGAAUGCUAUCUAUAAAGAACUAGAUGAGGUGGACGUUCAUGAAUGA